AUGGAGAUCAAGCCUAAACGACAGUCAACUUCACUAGAAAUUGAAAACGAGAUCGAAGAAACGACUUGCGGAGACACUAAAUUAUCCUUAAAAUGGCGGAAAUUCUUUCCAGAAUCGCGGAAAUUUAAUAAGGAAACUCUAAAGGAAUCAACCUUGCCACCACAUGAUCCAAAAAAUUGGCCCAAAGGAAAGAAAUCUUUAAUCCUUUGUAUUGUCUCCCUCGCUUCAAUGAUUUCUCCAAUGUCUAGCACGAUAUACUAUCCCGCCGUUAUAGCUAUACGCGAUUACUUUAAAACCACGGAAUUUAUCGUUAACGUGUCAAUAAGCGUAUUCAUUUUCUUUACGGGUACCGCACCGCUUUUCGUUGGAUCCUUCUCAGACACUUAUGGGAACAGACGUCACGUUUAUUUGGUUGUUAUAUUGCUUUUCACGAUUCCAAGCGUUAUAUGCGCACUAGUAAAGAACAUUUGGGUAUUAAUUACGAUGAGAGCCAUACAAGCAUGUGGUUCGUCCGCAACUCAAUGUCUCGGCGCAGGAGUUAUAAGUGAUAUUUACAUUCCAACGGAGAGAGGAUGGGCGUAUGGAAUCUUGUAUCUUGGAUUUUAUAUUGGAGAUUUAGGAGGUCCGAUAAUUGGUGGACUUCUCACAGAACGUCUAGGAUUUACGUGGAUAUUUUGGUUUCAAGCAAUCAUUGGAUGUAUUCUUCUACCGUUGAUAUUAUUUUUUCUUCCUGAAACAUAUCGUCAUGACCACGCUACUCCCCAACCAACUGCACCUUCUCAACCUAUAAGACGAAAUGUUAAAAAAUUCAAUAUAUUAACGCCUAUAAAGCUUUUAGUUUUACCGAACGUAUCAUUAAAAAUCAUUUAUAUGAGUACAAUCUGGGCAUUCAUGUACGUACAAAACGUCAUUAUACCAAUAAUAUUCUACGAGUCAUAUCAUUUAUCAUAUUCAUUUAUUGGAUUGACGUUUCUUGCACCAGGUAUAGGUUAUUUAAUUGGUAGCGUCAUAGGUGGACGUUAUUCCGAUUAUGUGUUGACAAAGUACGAAGUAGGCCAUGAUGGGUACAGUUACCCGGAAGUUAGAUUGAAUAGCAUUUGGUUUGGAUGCGUUUUAAUACCCAUUUCAUUUGGUGGUUUUGGAUGGUCGCUCGAGUAUAAAGCUCAUUUGAUCUUUCCUAUCAUUUCCAUGUUUUUAGGUGGAUUUGGAUCAUUAUUUGUUUCGAAUUCGACGGUAACUUAUUUAGUCGAUUCAUAUCCUGAAUUAAGUGCUUCGGCUAUCGCACUAAAUGAUUUUGUUCCUUGUAUAAUGGCUACUAUUUAUAUUACAAUUACCGUUCCAUUGCAAAAUGCCAUUGGUGUUG